CCAAGAACCGGGCUGACCUCGUGGCCGGCAUCGAUGAGUUUCUGGAUCAGGUCACGGUCUUGCCGCCUGGAGAGUGGGAUCCAUCGAUCCGAAUCAAGCCCCCGAAAAACGUCCCUUCGCAAGAAAAAAGGAAGAUGCCAGGAGCUCUCGAUGACAGUGCUUCUGACAGCGAGCCGGAGAAGCACAGCGGUCCUGAACUGGAGCGGACGGGAAGGCUCUUUGGAGGUUUGAUCCUGGAUGUGAAGCGAAAAGCCCCGUGGUUCUGGAGCGACUUUCGGGAUGGUCUGAGGCUGCAGUGUCUGGCGUCCUUCCUCUUCCUCUACUGUGCCUGCAUGUCCCCUGUCAUCACCUUUGGGGGACUGCUGGGGGAGGCGACCGAUGGCCACAUAAGUGCCAUGGAGUCGCUGCUGGGCGCCUCCAUGACCGGUGUGGUGUUUUCCCUCUUUGCUGGCCAACCUCUCACCAUCCUCGGCAGCACCGGACCCGUGCUCGUCUUUGAGAAGAUCCUCUACAAAUUCUGCAAGGAGUACACGCUCUCCUAUCUCUCUCUGCGGGCAUGCAUCGGGCUGUGGACCGCCUUCUUCUGCAUCGUGCUGGUGGCCACCGACGCCAGCUCUUUGGUGUGCUACAUCACCCGCUUCACCGAAGAAGCCUUCGCCUCCCUCAUCUGCCUCAUCUUCAUCUACGAGGCUCUAGAGAAGCUGAGUCACCUGUGGGAGACCUACCCUGUGCACAUGCACAGCCAGCUCGACUUCCUCACCAUCGACUACUGUAAGUGUGAGGCACCGACCCAUGCCAGCAAUGAAACCCUGCGUUUCUGGGAGAGCAACAAGAUCAACGUGUCUGGCAUCGCCUGGGAAAACCUCACGGUGACUGUACGGUCCACAGUAAGCGACUUUGCUGUUUUCCUCACCAUCGUCAUCAUGGUGCUCAUGGACUUCAUGACUGGGAUCCCAUCACCGAAGCUCCACGUCCCCCAUAUGUUCAAGAAAGGAUGUGGGUACCACCUGGACCUUUUCAUGGUGGCCGUGAUGCUCGGGGUGUGCUCCGUGAUGGGGCUGCCCUGGUUUGUGGCUGCCACCGUCCUGUCCAUCACCCACGUGAAUAGCCUCAAAGUCGAGUCUGAGUGCGCAGCUCCAGGAGAACAACCCAAGUUUCUGGGGAUACGAGAGCAGAGAGUCACUGGCUCCAUGAUCUUUGUGCUCAUGGGCUGCUCUGUCUUCUUCACUUCUGUGUUAAAGUUUAUACCAAUGCCUGUGCUUUACGGCGUCUUUCUCUACAUGGGUGUGUCGUCGCUUGGAGAAAUUCAGUUCUUCAAUCGCUUGAAGCUGUUUUGGAUGCCGGUGAAACACCAGCCAGAUUUCAUCUACCUGCGGCACGUCCCCUUGCGAAAGGUGCACUUCUUCACCGUGAUCCAGCUGAUCUGCCUCGUCCUGCUCUGGGCCAUCAAGGUGUCCCGUGCCGCCAUCGUCUUUCCCAUGAUGGUUUUGGCUCUCGUAUUUGUCCGGAAAGCCAUGGAUUUCUGCUUCUCGAAGCGAGAGCUCAGCUUCCUGGAUGACCUUAUGCCAGAAAGCAAGAAGAAGAAGAAGGAAGAAAGGAAGAAAGGAAGAAAGAAACCGCGGCAGGGAAAUGGUGUCGGUUUUAAUGAGGAGAGGGCUGGGUUGAGCUGCGCGGGGGUCUCCAUCUCCCCUGGCCUCGGGCAGGGGCUGCAAAACGUUGGCAGCUGCCUUGGCAAGCGCUUAUUUCAAAAGUAA